AUGUCCCAGCCAAACCCCAACGAGCGCAUUCAGGUCGAUACAAGUGACGAUGACUCGCUCUUCGACACAAAAUCCCUCGUGGGCUCCGAGCUCUCCUUCGCCUCGUCAGUCCGAGACUACUGCUACGAAAAUGGCCGACGCUACCACGCCUACCGACACGGGCAAUAUCCCUUCCCCAACGACGAGGAGGAACAAGACCGACUCGCAUUAAUGCACCACCUCUUCAAGCUGCUCAGCGGCGGCGAUCUAAACCGCGCACCUCUCCGCGACCGCACCAGCAGCCCCCGUCGCAUCCUCGACAUCGGCACCGGCACCGGCGAAUGGGCCCUCGAGAUGGCCGAGGACUUCCCGGGCGCCGACAUCAUCGGCACCGACCUCAGCCCCAUCCAACCGAACUGGGCCCCGCCCAACUGCCGCUUCUUCAUCGAUGACGCCGAGAGUGAUUGGACGUUUGCCCCGGGGGGGGCCUUUGAUUAUAUUCAUGCCCGGAGUCUAGGUGGUGGAAUUGGCGACUGGCCGCGGCUGCUGCGGCAGGCCUGGACGCAUCUCAAGCCGGGGGGUUGGUUUGAGGCGCAGGAGUUUGAGACUUGUGUGCUGUCAGACGACGGGACGCAUCACCGGGCCACGGCGAUCAUGGACUGGCAGGAUCGGUUGAGCCAGGCGAGUAAGCAGUUUGGAAAACCGGUGAACGUGGCACCUAUGAUCUAUGAUUGGAUGAUGGGCCAGGGGUUUGUCAAUGUUAUGGACGAUAUCUACAAGUGUCCCGUUGGUGGCUGGGCGAAAAAUCGACGGCUCAAGGAGAUCGGUCGCGUGGGCAAAAUAACCAUCCUCGAAGUUGUCGAACCAUACACACUCGCCCUCUUCACCCGCAUACUGGGUUUCACCUUCCAACAAGCGCAAGAGUAUAUGGAGAAAGUACGCGCUGAGCUGAUGAGCAGCAAGUUCCAUCUCUACUUGCGAUUCCAUUUCGUCUACGGACAGAAACCUCUGGACCACGCUACCACUGCGAAUGGGAAUGGAAAUGAAUACGAAUAUGAAAAUGGGAAUGGCCAGGCUUGA